AUGUCUCAGAACACCGAUCACUAUCAAUUGGCUACUCCUACUUCAGCUUCUCCAAGUAAUAAUAAUUCUAAACGGCUUCUAUCACAUCAACGUUUUCUCCCUACCUCAUCCGACUUCAACACACCUUCAUCGCUUGUGAGCACCACUCGAAGUGACUCCCCAUCACCACCAUUUCAUACGAAUCACUAUAAUGACAAGUACGCAUUCACGCUAGAUAUUUCAUCACCGAUGGCUAAAACUAAAAAUGAUCGUAACUUAAAAUCACAAUUUUAUACAUUUGAUAUGGACACAAAUGAUGAACAAAAUCUUCAUUCACCUUUUGAAUUAGGUAAUGAUUUAAAAGAAUUUUUUUUAGCUAUUUAA